AUGUUGAACUCGACCCUUGUGGUCCAGCAGGCCGAGCAUUAUGUCUCUGAAGCAGCCAGGUCCAGAGACGAUAGCCCGUGGUCUGACACUUUGGUUAUCCCCUUAUACGUUUCUUGUUUUUCCUUCCUGGUGCUCGUUACCAAGUCUUCUGUCUGCCUUGCCUGGAGAAGUGACACACAGAUCAGUCCUCUGGACGUGAAGGGACUGAACGGACGCGUCACUGCUCACGGUGGAGCGCCAAUCUUCACAUCCGAAGCUAUUCGUCUCCUCGUUGGUUGUGUUGUAGUAGCCGGCCUCUCGAUAUCUUGGUUCCUCACUGCCGAUGUCUCUAACAGAAGAACGAUUGCAUCCUUCUGCCUUACCCUCAUCUAUAACUGCAUUCUUGCUUUUUUCGCUAUCUUUUCCGAGAGACUAUCAGUGGCAGUCAGCCAUGCCAGGUUCAUCCUGGCGAUCGCAUGGGGCGUACUCUUUGUCCGCGAUAUUGUCCCCUUCCUGACGUACACAGAGUCUCCUGCCGAGCACGGUUCGCUGGUGUGGGCCAUUUUCUGUGUCCUCACCUUCACUGGGGUGCUCCUGCCACUCUUCACGCCUAGAAAAUAUGUCCCUUUCGACCCUGCUAAUCCAACGCCUCCGAACCCAGUGCAGACGGCUUCGCCGUUGACCCGUAUCCUCUUCAUCUACCUGGACAAGCUCGUCUGGAAGGCAUACCAUGCUCUCCAUUUACCCUUGUCAGAAUUGCCUCCUCUAGCCGAUGAAGAUCAGGUCAAGAACCUCGUGCGCAUCGCGUUUCCCCAAUGCGAUCCACUUUCGAAAAUGUUCGAGGAAGUAGACGAUACAGGAAAAGUGCAAGCGAAGAAAGCUUUUGGCCAUUGGCGUAUGCUGCUUGGGCUAAUUGUAGUCUUCCGACGCGAGCUCGCGACCAGCUGCUUCCUUAUAGCGUGUCAGACGGGUACACAACUUUUGUCGCCCUAUGUCCUUCGGCAACUCUUGAUGUAUUUGGAGAAAUCUGGGGAGGGUGCGAUCGUGCGCCCUUGGGUUUGGGCACUCUCCCUGUUCCUUGCGCCGUUCGUCAACGUUGUGCUCAUGCAGAACUAUCAACAAAUCAAUUCGAUCAUAAUCGUGCGUAUGGAGUCAAUUCUCACUCAAUUGGUCCUACAACACGCGUUGCGGAUUCGGAUGGUUGCGGACAUCAGUGGCGACGAGAAGACAUCUCCCUCUGGGACGACCACACCCGUCACCUCGGAGAGUACUGCAGCGCCUAUCGAUGCUGAGUCCACAUCUACGGGUGGACCUGAUGGGCAACCAACGGAGACUGCUGAAGCUCGCUCCGACUUGGGUACGACCGUCCAAGAGUCCGAAGACUCUACAGUUAUCACACCUCCCACAACUGCACCUGCCACUUCGAAGAGUCUUGUCGGACGCAUGAACAACUUGAUAUCCGCCGACUUGCAGUCGCUCGGGAGGAGUAUGGACGUGUUACAAAUUCUCGUGUCUGUACCCAUCGGGAUCAUCGGGUCCACCAUCUUUCUGUACAAGCUCCUCGGGUGGAGCGCAUUGGCAGGGCUUGGGAUUACGUUGUUAGGACUACCUCUUCCGAGGUUCCUCGCUAAGCUGUUACAAAAUGUCUCUCGAGAGAUGGCGAAAAAGAGCGACGAUCGUGUCGAGCUCGUCACAGAAACGCUCAGCGUCAUCAGGAUGGUAAAGAUGUUCGGUUGGGAGCGCAAGAUGAGCGAAUCCAUCAACGAGAAGCGUCAAGUAGAGCUGGAGUGGCUCUUCAAGAACAAAGUCCUGGCGUUGUUAACGAGGUCUUGCCAGUUCAUCAUCCCAUGUCUGACCGAGGCUGCAACCUACAGUUUCUAUGCUCUGGUGAUGAAGGGAGUUUUAGACGCCGCCACUGUCUUCGCAUCCAUAGCACUAUUCAAUAUUCUGCGGACCAAAUUGGCGCAUUCGCUCUUCUUCGUACCACCGGUCAUCAAAGCAAAAGUCUCUCUCGACCGUAUCACAGACUUCCUGACAGAGACUGAGCUCUUAGACGAAUUCGCACCCGAAAGCGAGACCUUCUCGGACAUGGUGACGCCUAUCGAGACUAAUGAGAUCGGAUUUAGAGCCGCAUCGUUUACUUGGUCCAAUGAGAGCAACUCAGGGGCCACGACGCCGUCGAAACGGCGCUUCACGCUACGCGUUGAGGAAGAACUUUUGUUCAAGAAAGGAUGUAUAAACCUUAUCGUCGGGCCCACGGGCUGCGGGAAGACCUCGCUUCUGAUGGCACUUCUGGGCGAGAUGCACUUUGUACAAUCUGGGCCUGAUUCGUGGUUCAAUCUUCCAAGAGCCGGAGGCGUGGCGUACGCUGCGCAGGAAUCUUGGGUCAUGAAUGCCACCAUCAAGGAAAAUAUUCUCUUCGACUCUCUCUUUAACGAGGAUCGCUAUUCUCAAGUGAUACAUCAGUGCGGUCUUACCCAUGAUUUAUCCCUCUUCGAUGCCGGCGACGAAACUGAAAUUGGAGAGCGGGGCCUCACACUCAGUGGAGGACAAAAAGCUCGAGUGACACUGGCGCGUGCUGUCUACUCUUCUGCGGAGAUCAUUUUGUUGGAUGAUGUUCUUGCCGCGCUGGAUGUGCACACGGCCAAAUGGAUUGUCGAAAAGUGCUUUACUGGUCCUCUUGUUCAAGGAAGGACGUUACUUCUAGUGACUCACAACGUCAGUAUCACAGCACCAAUCGCCGAAUUCGUCGUAUCCCUUGGUUCAGACGGUCAAAUUCUCAGUCAAGGAACGAUGUCAGAUGCUCUAGCCAAGAACUGGAAACUCAGGGAAGAAGCCAGACAGGAGAAAGAGGUGGAGGAGAGGGCUGCUGCAGCUGUCGACGUCCCUGACCUCGAUGAAGAGGCAUCGAAGAAGGAAGAUAAGAAGGAUGGGAAGCUCGUCCUCGAAGAGGAGACAGCUGAGGGUCACAUCAGCUGGCAGUCAUUCAAAAUGUACAUUGAGGCACUGGGCGGCCCUAUGUUUUGGUCUCUGUUCGCGCUGGCGACGAUCUUCGAAUGCAUUAUCGAGGUGCUCCAACCCUGGAUCCUCGGACAAUGGGCAAAUCAAUACUUGACCCAUCGUCCCGAAGAUGUUAAUGUCACGUUCUAUCUGGCUCUCUAUAUUUUGUUUUGUGCAGGCAUGUCCGUGGUAUAUGCUAUCGCACAGAUGAUCCUCUUCAAGGGUGCUUUACGAGCCUCCGGCAUGAUUCAUCGGAGGCUUAUUUCUAGCAUUUUGAGAACGACUCUGAGAUGGCUCGACAAAACGCCGGUAGCUCGCAUCAUCACUAGAUGUACACUGGAUGUAUCCGCAAUCGACUCCGUCAUUCCAGACGGUUUUUCUUCCGUUUUCGAAGUCGCGGUAGUCCUCACUGUUCGGUUUUUCGUCAUCCUUAUCUUUACCCCAAGAGUAGGUCUCGUCGGGAUAGUCAUCGCGGCUGCCGGGGUUACUCUGGGAAAUAUUUACAUGAAGGCGCAACUGUCGGUGAAGCGAGAAAUGAGCAAGGCGAAAGCACCGGUAGUAGCGCAUUUCGGUGCGGCUGUCGAAGGGAUCAUCUCUAUCCGUGCCUACGGCGCUCAGGAGUCCACCUUGCUCAAAUCCGCCGCCAAAAUCGAUGAAUACACCCGUGCGAAUCGGGUCUUCAACGACUUGAGCAAAUGGAUCAGCAUUCGUGUGAACGGUAUGGGCAGCAUGUUCGCCGCUGCGUUGGGCUUCUACUACGUAUAUGGACACACGAAUGUCAACACGUCCAAUGCCGCUUUCACCUUGACGCUGGCUUUCAGCUUUGGCCAGCAGAUUAUAUGGUUUGUGCAACAGCUGAACCAGUUCGAAGUAAAUGGAAACAGUCUCGAGCGUCUGCAGCAAUACAUGGUCAUUGAGCAAGAGCCAUCUCCGACUGAGGAUAGACUUCCACCUGCGUACUGGCCUUCCAGUGGCGAACUAAAAGUCGAAAACCUGAGCGCACGAUACUCCGCUGACGGUCCUAAAGUGCUAGAUAACAUCUCCUUCGAGAUCAAAGCUGGAGAACGAGUCGGAAUCGUUGGACGUACCGGUAGCGGGAAAAGUUCGUUGACUCUAGCGUUGCUGCGUUGCAUCAUUACCGAGGGCGAGGUGUAUUACGAUGGACUGCCUAUCUCCUCCGUCAACUUGGACUCACUCCGUAGCCAUAUCACCAUUAUCCCUCAAGUGCCUGAACUUCUGAGUGGCACCCUCCGACGCAACCUGGAUCCUUUCGACCAAUUCGACGAUGCGACGCUGAACUCCGCUCUCCGUUCCGCCGGACUUUUCUCUGUCCAAAAUGAGGGAGAGGAGAGUAUGAUUACGCUUGACACUCACAUGGCGCGUGGGGGGAGUAAUCUUUCUGUCGGACAGCGUCAGAUUAUCGCGUUGGCUCGGGCGAUGGUGCUCGAGAGCAAACUGCUCAUCCUCGACGAAGCGACGUCCGCGAUUGAUUAUAAAACGGAUGCUGUCAUCCAAGAGUCGCUGAGGACGGAAUUGAAGAAAGAUGUGACGGUCAUCACCGUCGCGCAUCGUCUACAAACUAUCAUGGACGCAGAUAAAAUCAUGGUGCUCGACGCUGGCGAGAUCGUCGAGUUCGAUAGGCCCAGCGAGCUUCUGAAGAAGGAAGACGGGUUCUUGAAGUCUUUGGUGGAUGAGAGCGGGGAUAAAGACGCGUUAUAUGCCGUCGCUAGGUCAUCUUCGUAG